UCGACUAUCCAUUCAUUUCGUUGCAUUUCACCUUGCUUUUCUUUUCCCCUAUUUUCCAUUUUUUUUCUCUGUUCCAUUUCGUUCAAGAACUCUAAAAGAGUCUCAAGCCGAACUAGGGUUUUCGAUAUCUCAUCUGCUUCGUUGUUAGUUCGCAAAGUAAUCACCUGAUGGCAGGAACUGGCAUCCACCCAUACCUCCAGCAGUGGGCACCAGCUGCCACUGCCCCUCCUGCUCCACCCCCUUCUGUCGCCGCCACCGUUCCUCUUCCUCCCCCUAUCGUCAUAGACAACCCCGCCCGCUCCGCCUCUGAUGAGGUGCGUACAAUAUUCAUCACGGGUCUUCCAGAGGAUGUGAAAGAGAGAGAGCUACUGAAUCUACUGAGAUGGCUGCCUGGAUACGAGGCUUCACAAGUGAACUUCAAAGGCGAGAAGCCCAUGGGUUUCGCUCUCUUCUCUACUGCUCAGCUUGCUGUUGCCGCCAAAGAUGCCCUUCAGGAAAUGGUGUUUGAUGUGGAGUCGAAGUCCGUGUUGCACACCGAGAUGGCCAAGAAAAAUCUUUUUAUCAAAAGAGGAAUAGUAGCGGAUUCAAGCACCUAUGAUCAGAGUAAACGCUUGCGAACUGGUGGUGACUAUACACACACUGGUUAUACCAGUCCAUCUCCCUUUCAUCCUCCUCCAGCACACAUUUGGGGACCACAUGGGUUUAUGGCGCCACCUCCUCCAUAUGAUCCAUAUGGAGGCUACCCAGUUCCUCCAGUACCAAUGCCUGCUCCCUCUCCCGUGCCAGCACCUAACAAUUAUGUACCUGUUCAGAAUGUAAAAGAUAACCCUCCAUGCAAUACCCUUUUCAUUGGUAAUUUGGGAGAGAACAUAAAUGAGGAAGAACUGCGGGGCCUUUUUAGCGUACAACCUGGCUUUAAGCAAAUGAAGAUCUUGAGACAGGAAAGGCACACUGUUUGCUUUAUUGAGUUUGAAGACAUAAAUAGUGCCACCAAUGUACACCAUAGUUUGCAGGGUGCUGUUAUCCCCAGUUCUGGUUCAGUUGGCAUGCGGAUACAAUAUUCAAAGAACCCCUUUGGGAAAAGGAAGGAUGCUAGCCACCAUGUUGCCGCCCCUGGUAGUAAUGGAGCUCUGCCAGCUAUGACAUACCAGUAGCUUGAAGGGGAUGUACUCUCUGUUCUUUAUGCUCCGUGCAGCUUUUGAAUGCAUCCAUUUCAUAAUCAAGUCAUCAACAUUAGCAUCUCCCCCGCAUGUUAAUGGUUGCACGUACUGGCAUCAUGAACAUACCAUUUGGUCAUGUUAUAAGCUAUCGAGGACAUGCAUUUCUCAGCAUGUUGAAGUGCCUGGAUCAUGUAAUAGGUGGCUCAGUUAUUGAUAUCAUUUGUAGAAGUGCAUUGGUCUGUGGUUUUGUGGGAUUUGCCUGCUUUUCCUCAUUGACUUUUCUACUUUCAUAUUGACUUUUCUGUACACCAACACUAGGAAUGCUUCAACAUCUUUCUAUGUUAUCUAUUUUCCUUUAUUAGGUAUUUCACCUAAUCUGACUUUUAAAGGUGACCUAGGAAUUCAUGGUGCAUGUGAAAUAUCUAGAAACUCACCACUAAUCAUGUUUCCCUUUCAUCAUCGCCAUUACCAUUUCCAUAACAACCAUACCCCCAGCCUUUCCCUACAUAUUCAAUAGUCCUUAGCUCAUGAUUAAGCAAAGGUUAGCUAAUGCUGCUUUAACAUUCAAGCUUCUCAAAGCAUAGCUAUGCAAAGAAUGUCGAGAAUUAUUUUGUGUGAUUUAUACAGGAUUUUGCAUACAAAAUGACAAAGCUUCCAAACAUUUGAGGAUUUCAAGUGUUGCAGGUGCUUUUGAUUCAGGUAAUUUGACUUUAAUAGGGCGGACUACUGUCAAACACGUGGUGGUGGUUAACUGCUUUUUUGUGUCAAACCUUUUCUGGAAAUUUAAGUUAAGCUGCCUUGGCAGUAAUAAGAGCCAUGGGGUUCAUUGUUGGAAGGAACCUAUUCCGCCCAUUUCUUACCGGUUGCUGGAAUUUCAUUGUGUACAAGUGUAGUAGCUUUAAUAUUGGGAGUAAAGUCUCAACGAGGAAGCUUCCUCAAGUUGAGAACAUAUAAGUUCAGAGGAAGGUAUUGUUUAGUUGUUAGUGUUUCACUUUAAGAAUUAAAAAAUAGGUAUUACAUUA